CUACUAUAAGAACCCACAAAGACAAACCUUUCUCUUCACAACACAAGAAACAUAAAGUGCGUUCAAGUCAAGAAACAUAAAGUUCGUUCAAGACAAGAAAGAAUAUGUCAAGCACUGCUGGUCAAGUCAUUCGUUGCAAAGCUGCUGUUGCAUGGGAAGCUGGAAAGCCAUUAGUGAUGGAGGAAGUGGAGGUGGCUCCACCACAAGCUAUGGAGGUUCGUUUGAAGAUCCUCUUCACUUCCCUCUGCCAUACUGAUGUUUACUUCUGGGAAGCCAAGGGGCAAACCCCAUUGUUUCCUCGCAUAUUCGGCCACGAAGCAGGAGGGAUUGUCGAAAGUGUUGGUGAGGGGGUGACAGACCUGAAACCCGGUGACCAUGUGCUUCCUGUCUUCACAGGAGAGUGCAAGGAAUGCCGACAUUGCAAAUCAGAGGAGAGUAAUAUGUGUGAUCUUCUGAGGAUCAACACUGACAGAGGUGUGAUGUUGAAUGAUGGAAAGUCUAGAUUUUCAAUUAGAGGGCAGCCCAUUUACCACUUUGUUGGUACCUCAACCUUUAGUGAGUACACUGUGGUUCAUGUUGGCUGUCUUGCCAAGAUCAAUCCGGCUGCUCCUCUUGACAAAGUUUGUAUCCUCAGCUGUGGAGUUUCAACAGGUCUUGGUGCCACCUUGAACGUUGCAAAACCGAAGAAAGGCUCGUCAGUAGCCAUUUUUGGACUAGGAGCUGUAGGCCUUGCAGCUGCUGAAGGGGCUCGAAUUGCUGGUGCUUCAAGAAUCAUUGGUGUCGAUUUGAAUUCCAAUAGGUUCAAUGAAGCCAAGAAAUUCGGUGUCACGGAGUUCGUAAACCCAAAAGAUUAUAAGAAGCCUGUUCAAGAGGUGAUAGCUGAGAUGACCAACGGAGGAGUUGAUCGAAGUGUCGAGUGCACUGGAAGUAUCAAUGCCAUGAUUUCUGCCUUUGAAUGUGUCCAUGAUGGAUGGGGUGUUGCUGUACUUGUUGGUGUGCCCAACAAAGAUGAUUCUUUCAAAACCCAUCCAAUGAGUUUCCUGAAUGAGAAGACUCUCAAGGGUACCUUCUUUGGCAACUACAAACCGCGCUCCGACCUUCCUUCAGUGGUUGAAAUGUACAUGAACAAGGAGCUUGAGCUGGAGAAAUUCAUCACCCAUGAGGUCCCUUUCUCAGAAAUCAACAAGGCUUUUGACUACAUGCUUAGUGGAGCAAGUCUCAGGUGUAUCAUCCGCAUGGAAGCGUAAAAGAAGACUGGUUUGUCCGUCUGAAUGUGAGAAGGAAACAAUAAAAUCAUGUUUGGGAUUGUUAAAUGUUGAACAAAGUUGGUGAUGUUUUAGUUUCUUUCAGUAAAUUUCUUGUAUUGUAAAUGGCACAUUAGCUUCCCAGUUCAGGCAUGUACAGAUAAAUAAAAAAUUCAAGUGUUUUUCUGACUUCAGCUUCUUCAGUUUAUCUCCUUCAGCUUGUGUCUUUCUAA